GUUGUAAGGGGCAUUUUAACCUAUUACCGAAAAGCUGGUCACAGAAAGAUUUCUCGUUACCUUUAAAGGAAAAGACAAGAAAUUCAUUUAAAUUCUUAUUUUGUAAUGGAUUAUUCCAUGUGGAUUGUGACCAUUAGUACAGUAUUACUUGUAGUAUAUAUUAUUGUACAACUACUGAAAGGAAAAUGUAACAGUACAGCAUCACUAGAAGGGAAAACAAUAAUAGUAACUGGAGCCAACACAGGUAUAGGAUAUGAAACAGCCCUAAGUUUUGCCAGACGUAAAGGUCGUGUGAUUCUUGCAUGUAGAAGCAGAGAAAGGGCAGAAGCAGCUUGUAAAACAAUUAAAGAAACCUCAGGAAACCAAAAUGUAUUUGCGAAGAUUAUAGAUCUCAGUAUAAUGGCGUCUGUAAGAAAGUUUGCUGAGAAUUUUAUAAAAGAAGAGAAAAGAUUGGAUAUUCUGGUAAACAAUGCAGCAGUUUCAGGCAUGAAGAAAACCAUGACAGAAGAAGGUUUGGAAUAUAGUUAUGCAACUAACUAUCUUGGGCCAUUCUUAUUGACUAACUUGUUAUUAGAUUUGAUGAAAAAGACUCCAAACAGCAGAAUAGUGAAUGUUUCAUCUAUAGUGAAUAUGUUUGGGAAUGUCAACUUUGAUACCUUGAAUGGUGAAAAGUUCAGUAUUGCUGGGACAUACUAUGAUACCAAGUUGUUAAAUAUAAUGUUUACCAAAGAGCUAUCAAGGCAAUUACAGGGAACUAGUGUGACAACAUCUUGUCUCCAUCCUGGGUCAGUGAGAACAGAACUUCUAAGAAACAUUCCUGUGUUUGUAAGGGUACCAUUUCAAAUAAUGGGACUCCUGUUUUUCAAAACUUGUGAAGAAGGUGCACAGACUACUAUUUAUUGUGCCAUCAGUGAGGAUCUACAGGGUGUGUCAGGACAUUAUUAUAUGGACUGUAAGGACUACGAACACACUAUAUGGAUAAGUAAACAAGCUUAUGAUGAAGGUCUAUGUAAAAAGAUUUGGGAAGUCUCUGAGAGAUUAACGGAAUCAAAUUGACAAUAGGAAAGUAUCGUUGUAUACAGAGUUGUAAUAUUGCUCAAUGUAACAUUCAAAUCAAAAUGUUUUAAUCAGGUUGUGAAAUUUACAAAAAGUCAGAUGUGCCUUUAUAUUAUUUUUAUUAUGACUAUGUUUAGAUCUUGCCAUACAGUGUGGGUAAUUGACCAUCAUUUAUGACAAUGGGCUGUAUAGAUGAUUAUUUUGGUCUUAUAUUUGUUGGUUUACUGUCUUGUUAAUUAUAUACUAAACAUUUCAUAUUGAUCAUGUGAUGGUAGUCCAUCAUGGAACAGGAUUAACAAAUUUAGAAAAGAAAAGAAAGUGAUAUCUUCAUGACAAAAUUGCAAAUCAUUUUUAAAAAUGCAGAAUUUUUUAUAGAGUAGAUCAGGGAUACAAGAGUUAUAGAAAUAGCAGAAUAUUUUGAGUCCAUCAUCUGCAAACAACUUGUUAUAAUUUUAUAAAUACUGUGGAUUCAUUAAUAUUUGUUGGAUACCAAUUUUUCGUUGAUUUCGUGGGUACAGGAGAACCACGAAUUCAAAUGUUCAACGAAUAAUAAAUUUUCUAAAGGAAUGAGUGUAGACUUUGCCAAAACCACGAAAUUAGAUAUCCACAAAUAUGUAAGCUUUCUCCAUACCACGAAAAUUGGUAAACACAAAAAUAAAUGAUUCCACAGUAGUUGCUCUAUUGAAGGUUAUCAGCAACGGACAACUUGACUGUACAUUUGAUCUCAAUGUAUGAAGACAGUAAACAAGUAUAACUCUGUUCUGUACUAAUUUUUGCAAUUUAAAAAGGAAAGUAUGAUAAGAACCAUUAUUUGGUCUGGCCUCAAUACAUUCAAUAUUGUAGUAAAAUUAUUUUAAGAAUUACAUUAAGUUUAUUGAAAAAAAUAAUAUGAUGAUGUAAUCUGAACACAAAAGUGCAGAAAAGUCAAAUGUAACAUCACUUUUAUGUCAUAAGCAUGUUCAAAUCGAUAUAUUUGACCUGAAAUGGGAAUUUUACACUCAUUUUGGCGAAUUUUACACUUAUUUCGACAACAUGAAAGAUGAAGCUACCCUUACCUUAAAAAAGAUAUUUUACCAGCAUUAACAUUUUGUGUAAGACAAUUUGUAGCAAAAUAGCUUAGUGGGAGGGGUCUUGGUUAUAUCUGAUCACAUCUAAAUUUUAACCACAAGAUUAAAAAAAAGUGAGUCAAUGUUGGCAGUUUUGCAUAAGAUAAGUUUGAACCCCAUAAUACAAAUAUGAAAUGAUUUAAAAUGUAAAUACAAAUAUCUUACACAAUAAUGAAUUCUGAAUAUAUAAUAGAUUUGUUGGUGACUUUCUGCUGUUCUUGUUUUUUUAUUUGGUCGGGUUGUUGUCUCUUUGACACAUUCCCCAUUUCCAUUCUCAAUUUUAUUAUAAUACUUUUGAUAGUUCUUCUAUAAAUUGCAGUUUACAAGUAAGUGACCUUAUCGAUCUUCUCCUUAAGAGUAGAAGUUUAUCAUACUUCAUUUAUUUUUCCUGUGGAAGAUAGGUGGUUCUUUCCAGCCACUUCAGCUUCUUCCAUCAAUAAAAACUGAAUGCCACACUAUUGCCAAAAGUUCUUAAAAUGGCAUUAAAAACCAAUAAUUAAUCAUAAAUCGAUUCAGUCAUGAAUGAUUAUCUGUUGAAGAAAUUAGUAGUUUUUUUUUGUGAAAAAAACAUGACAAUAAAGUAAAUUAUUACGUGUAUGUUAGCAUAUGAUAACAUCUAGUCUAAAUAUUUACACAUUUUUAUGAUGAGAAAUUUAUUUCUAGUCAGUGCCUUUUAAAUAUUUUUAUUAAAGUAUUGAAAUACAAAUUGUUUAUAUUCAUAUACAUUGUAUUUUUUAGAAGAUUUAUAUUUGAAAUAUAUAAAAAAGUUUAUAUUUAUGGUUUUUAAAUAUAUUUUGUUAUAUACAUAAAGAAAUCCAUUGUUACCUGAACUUAUGUUUUUUCAGUCGGCAAAUACAUUUUAUGAAUACAGAUUUAAAUUUUAGCUCACAUACUUUUCACUAAAUGAUAAUUGUCAGUUGAUAAACAAGCAUUCUUGCCCAGAUUGUUGAAGAAUAUGUUGGGUUUGCUCAGGUUGCAAAUACCAGUAUGAGCUUUUGCCAUCAAUUAGUGUCCCUUUUCAAAGAUUUUCUUCUAUCGUUAAAGAUAGAACAAAAGGGUUGAAUGCAGGUAUUGUCCAAACUUUUUUAAAUUAUAGAUUGAAGAUACAGAAAAUAUGAUGGGGAACAAAUAUUUAGAGUGUUGAGAUCUAUCUCCUUUCCAUUUAAAAUUAAAUUAUCAGACCACACUUGACAGACAUUCUAAAGGCCCAAUCAAUCAAUAAGUGGAAGGCCUUUACUGUGUCCCUGUCUGUCACCAGCUUCAAUGUAAGCUUGUUUAUAAGCUUAAUAGGACCUUAUCACACCUACACCUUCCAAAUCAUUCAGUUAUCUAAAAUUGAAAAGCUUUUCCUGUUUAAUUUUAAUGCCCCAUUUAUAGGCAUUAUUUUUUCUGGUCUGUGUCCAUUCGUCCAUCCAUCAGUCCCUUUUCAGCUUAAAGUUUUUGGUCAAGGUAGUUUUUGAUGAAGUUGAAGUCCUAUCAACUUGACACAUUGUACACAUUUUCCUUAUGAUAUGAUCUUUCUAAUUUUAAUGCCAAAUUAGAGUGUUGGCCACAAUGUCACGAUUCACUAGAAAAUGAUAGUGCUGAUGGGGCAUCCAUGUACUAGGGACACCUCUUAUUAUAAUAUUCUUAAACACUUGAAUGUUUAUUUACGAUUGUUUUGCUUCAAACAAUUAUAUGCUGUCUUUAUGCAUGAUAUGAAACACAUGACGAAUAACUAUAGAUUAAUUGUAAAGAAAUCUUAUUCAUUGGCCGUUCAAAGUGUUUUAAGUCUAAAUUUGUUGUUUGAAAUGAUUGUCAUUAUAUGUUUUACUGUGAUUUUGUGCUAGCUUUAAUUUUGAUUUUUGAUUAUUUAUGAUUCAUUAUUAUUAUAAUAUUAAUUAUUUAUUUUGUUUUAUCUUAAACAUGUUGUUUUAUACAUAUAUUAUAUUAUAUAUAUUAUUGCUGUUUUAGAGUGUUAUUUUAGCAUAUACAGAUGCAUUCCAGUAAAGCAUGAAACUGAUUUCUAUAGGUUGUUCUUUAAUGACAGGGUAUACCAUUGGUGCUAUUGUUAAACAUUACAACACAGAUUAACAUGAAUGUGAUCAAUCAUAAAUGUAUUGUACAUUUCUUGCCAAUGUACUAUGUUCUUUGAGAGACACUCCCUCUUUUUCUUUUUAAAAUCAGAUAUAUCCCUCUUUGGAAGUGUCCUUUUCAUGGUGGGGAGGUAAAAAUCGCCAUCUUUGACAAAAAAUAUUUUUUAAGUUGCCAUGUUACUUGUUUGAAUUUCUCUUUUUGGCAAAAACAUGAAUUUAAAUUAUAAAAAAAUUUAGAUUAUUACACUGAGCGUUAGGUGUAAAAUGUGGUCAAAUAUAAUGCCUACCCAUGUUAAAAUGAGCAUAGAGCAUGACAUGAAGGAAUUAUUUCGAUUCUAACAUGACAAAUACAAUAUAUUUAUAGGUUGAAGCGUACGAAAAUAUUGUAAGACUGUUUGGCUGUUCCCAUUUCAUCCAGAGGAAUUUGUAUAUUACAUUUCAUAUUUGAUAAGUUUAAAAACUACGACCAGGGUAAAUAUAUGUUGUUUGAUAAAAAUAUAUAAUAAAAGUUUAUGCUUGCUGCUUAAAUGUUAAUAUUUAAAAGGAUAACGAUGGAAAUAACAUUAAUAUAAAAAGUCGGUGCGCAUGUGUCAAACAUAUUUUUUGUGCUCAUUAGAAUACGGCUUUGUUAACAAAGCGGAAUAAGGACGUCAUAUUAGAAUUUAUAAUAUCAUACACAUUAUUUAAUCUGUAUUGAAUAUUGUGAAUUUUGAAUAAAAUCUCUUAUAUGACCUUGUUUUAUUAUUGAAAACAUUAUCUCAAUUAACACAGUAUUGGUUUACAAAAAUAUUAGAUAUAUAGUAGUAAUUACUUAAACCACUUGACACUGAGGCCCGUUUUUUAUUGAAAAACUUAUCUCAAUUA